GCUUCGUAGAUUAGUGCUUUUUGGAGGUUUUACUCCAAGCGCUUGUAAGUAACUCAAGCAGUGUUUCCCUGAAUCACUUGGAAUUGGAAAUAUUCUAACCUGUAAUCGAGCGGUGAUUCUUUCAUGGAUAUAUCGUCAAAUAAGGCCGACAAAUUCACUGAGCAAAAUGGCAAAUGACUUUAAUAUCGAUGAUCUUUUUCGCCAAGUUUGCGUUCAAUUCUAAGAGAGGCUGAUCGCAUUCAACAAGAACAUGGUUGUCACGGAACGGAACAACACCAGCGAAACUUUCUGGUGCGAGUCAGUGCCUCAGGAAUCUUCUAAGGAAGUUUUUGCGUUUCUAAUAAUAACUUUAAUCCUGUGUGUUUUGGGUAAUAGUGCAGUUUGUAUUAUAGUUUCACGCCAUUACCAGUUACACACUGUGACCAACGCAAAUUUCGUGAACAUGGCCGUAAUUCAAAUGCUCUUCGCAUUGUUCUCCAUUCCGCCGUAUCUGCAACUAUCAAAUUCAAGGUCUGAAGUGGAAAACAUUGAAUGGCUUUGCGUUCUCAUUGGAUUUACUUUUGAGCUUUUUUCAGCUCUUUCGAACCUAGCGUUAACUCUUGUCGCUGUGGAACGCUAUUAUGUUAUCAGCAAUUCGGGCAAGAGGAAAAUUUCGGCCAAGACUACGGGAAGACUUGUAGUCUUUGUCUUCAUCUUGGCACUUGCUUUUGCGGUUUCAUGGACAGUUCUGGCAGAAGGCCCGAGCCCAUGUUUGACUUCUUCAAUCUUGUCGUGUUUUCCUCUAAUAAGCGCUCAUAAAACGAAAACUUUACGAACUCUGAACAUCAUUUACGUUACGAUUUGUUUUUUCCUUCCUAUGCUACUAAUGGCUGUAUUAUUUGUGAAAAUGUCCAAAUUACUUUGGAGUGGAUUUAGCAAGGUACGACCUCUUGGAGUUGGAAAUCGAAACACUAUUCGCUUCUUUGCUGAAAUCAAAACAACAAGGACAAUGUUCUUCAUAUCAAUUCUUCAUUUCUUCUGCUGGCUGCCACUUUGCAUAAUUUCCAUUUAUUUAUCUCUUCCACGUAAAACCAGCGAGCUUUAUCCAGGAUCAGCGACAGCAAAAAUUGUUACAAUUUGUCUAGCGCUAGUUUCCUCUUGUGCAAACCCUUUGAUGUAUGCGCUACGAAAUCCGCGAUUUAGUAUAAUUCUUAGACCGAAUAAAAGGUCAAAAGGAAAGAAACGGGUUCAAUUUUACAAGGAACAAGAAAAUUGCGAAAGCUGUAUUGCGAAGACACCUGUAUCUUGGGCACAAAGAUCAAUUUGUUCGGUUAUAUAUGACGGGAGUAGAAGCGACGAAACACACGCGACAUCUUCAACAGUGCUGUCGUAAACACUCGAGUAUAAGGACAUUCUCUGACGUUGAAAUGAGAGCAACAACAUCUAUGUCUGUUUUUACAGAACAGAGGGACAGCUGCUUCAACUGUGAAAACUUAAAUUCUUGUGUUUUUUGCUUUGCUGUUUGCUUUCCUAAAUUUAAUUUUUAUGAAAGACCAUAGUACGAGUGCUAACAGAAGCGCGGUUCUUGAAAAAACUUUAUUGUGUCCUCCAGUUGUCUUCACGUUCUUAACCUAAAACGCAUUUUCGUUAGUGCAGCUGUCUGAGUGUUUUGUUUUGUCUUUUUUGAAGUUUAUUUGUCCGUUCCCACAAAAAUAUGGACAUCUCACAAUCAAAUUUUAAUAAAACUAACCCGUUCCGAGGCGAAUAUAAGUAGUAACAACUUCCGACACCGCAAUCUCGCGUUAAGUAUUUCACGUGCACAUCAAUAUUUUAUUCCUUUAAUAUCUCUGUUAACUUUUCUGCGGCCCGGCUUUCUCGGGAAAAAAAUUGUAACGAAGAUCUUUAGUUACUUUUUUGCGAUAUCAUUGUCAAAGUUUCUUGGCCAGGAACCAGGAGUGCGAUACAAAAUUUAAUUAAGUUAACAUUAAAACGAGAAAGUAUGAUCGUGUCAGUCAAGUUUUUUCGAAAGCCACAAAGAAAUUAUGUGGCAAUCUAUUCCUCUGUUCGCGUACACUCUCAUUAAAACUUGUUCUUUUAUCAAUAAUUUAGUAAAAAGAGCUGAGGCAGUGUAUGUGGUAAAUAUAUAUAUAAAACGCGAAAAAGUACCAAUUCUGUUUUAAACGUAUUUUGCAUAACAGACGUAAACGAAAUUUUGUAUUUCCUCGAUUGUAUCCAGUGGUACGUUUGAUUCUUCAGUCUGUGAAACGAGAGAAAACUAUAUAAAAUAACAACCUAAUUAAGAAUUAUUUUGAAAUAAUUUG